AUGUGGAACCCGCUCAAGAAAACAAAGAUCUACAAUCUUUAUGUCAUCUGCGCGACCGCCUCCAUUGGCGGCCUGCUCUAUGGCAUAGAUGUCGCGAGCAUGAGCGCCGUCAUUGGAACAGCCGCUUACAAGAGCGCGUUCGGUCACCCCGUCUCACACCGUCAGGGUAGCAUCGUUGCCGCCAUGCCGGGUGGUUCUUUCUUUGGCGCGGUGGUUUCUUCGCACAUCGCAGAUCGUUUUGGCCGCCGUAUCGCCAUCCAGGCUGCUUGUACCAUCUGGAUCUUCGGCACAAUUGUCUCGUGUUUCGCCGGCACUGCCGAAAGCCUCAUCGUUGGCCGUGCCAUAUCUGGUUUCGCCGUCGGUAUUUCCUCGUCCGUUGUCCCUAUCUACCAGGCAGAGAUGGCUACCAAGGCGAACCGCGGUCGUGUUAUCUCGUUCCAUCAGUGGGCUGUCACCUGGGGCGUCUUGAUUCAGUUCCUCAUCCAAUACGGCUUUUCUCAGAUGGACGGUGGCCCACUCAACCCCCACCAGAGCUCCAUGACCUUCCGUCUCCCUUGGGCUCUUCAAACCAUUCCUGCUGUCGUUCUUUUCAUCAUGAUGUAUUUCCUCCCUGAGUCGCCCCGUUGGUUCGCAGUCAAAGAUAACUGGACCGAGUCCAUCAACGUCCUGACCAAGGUCCACGGCGGUGGCAAUGUCAACCACACCUCCGUCCUAGCCGAGUUCAGACAGAUCGAGCGAUCCCUGGAGGACGAUGAAGGAUCCUCCUACGCGGCCCUGAUCGAUAGUCGCAUGAUCUCCCGUGUCAUCCUAGGCGUAUCGAUCCAGUCCUGGGCUCAGCUCAGCGGCAUCGUCAUCCUGAUGUCGUACAUUGUCCUGAUCAUGGAGACGACCGGCGUGCGCGAUCCCCUGCUCGCGGCUUCGGCCCAGUUCCUAAUCAGUGUCGUGCUGACCAUCCCCGCGUUCAUGAUGCUCGACAAGUACGGCCGCCGCCCUGCUCUGCUGGUCGGUUCGGCCUUCAUGAUGGUCUGGCUCAUCGCUACCGGCUGCCUUCAGGGUAUCUUCGGCAAGAAGAACCCGCAUACCAACCCCGAGUACGACGACAUCACCUGGGUCAUGGACAACAAGCAUGCCGGCAGAGCCGUGAUGGCGUGCCUGUACCUCUUCAUCGCGACGUACGCUAUGACUUGGGGCCCUGUUUCUUGGGUCUACCCGUCUGAAAUCUUCCCGUCUAGACUCCGCGCUAAAGCCGUCUCUGUCGCCACGGCCUUCGCCUGGGUUUUCAACUUCCUGUUCGCGUACGCCGUCCCGACUCUGCUUUGGUACAUCAACUACAAAACGUACUUCAUCUUUGCUGGCUUCAACCUGGUUGCGUUCAUUCACAUGUUUAUGACCGCGCCCGAGACUAAGGGUAUGUCGCUCGAGGACAUGGACGCCGUGUUUGCGUCCGGCAGACGUCCUUGGAGCCACUACCGCGCUGGCUCGCAUCUGGACGACAUUGUUGGCUCCGUGGAGGGUGAAGACCAGGAUAGACAGCAGGCUGGUGCACAGGCGAGCGGUGAGACUCGCUGA